CCAAGAGCUGGGAGCGAAGAACCAUGGACCAGUACAGCCUUGGGGACGAGGGUGCCCUUCCAUCAGAAAUGCACCUGUCUUCAUUUUCAGAGAGCCAAGGGCUCAACUGCAGUGAUACCCUCAACCGGGAUCUGGGUCCCAGCACACGAGACCUGCUCUAUGCUGGCCUGAGUGGUUUAGACCUGGACCCCAGUCUCCCAGCACCUGACAUGCCCAGUGAGGUACUGGAGGACAACUUAGAUGCCCUGUCCCUGUACUCAGGGAAGGACAGUGAUUCAGUGAAGCUGCUGGAGGAAUAUGCAGAUCCGGAAUCUCAGACUUCCUUACAAGACCUGGGGCUAGGCGCACUUAAGGUGCCCAGAGAGGCUGACGAAGGAGGCAGGGCCACCUCGGGGAGUGCAAGGAAAGGAAAGCGACAGCACAGUUCCCCUCAAAAUCCGCUUCUGGACUGCAGCCUCUGUGGGAAGGUGUUCAGCAGCGCCAGUUCUCUUAGCAAGCACUACCUGACGCACAGCCAGGAAAGGAAACACGUUUGCAAAAUCUGCAGCAAGGCCUUUAAGCGUCAGGACCACCUGACUGGGCACAUGCUCACCCAUCAGAAGACCAAGCCCUUUGUGUGCAUCGAGCAGGGCUGUAGCAAGAGCUACUGUGACUACCGCUCCCUGCGUCGACACUAUGAGGUCCAGCAUGGCCUGUGCAUCCUGAAGGAGGCCCCCCCAGAAGAGGAAGCCUAUGGGGACUCCCCACAUGCCCAUGACACGGCCAGCCAGCCUCCUCCCAGUGGCCUGCGGUCCCUGGGGCCCCCAGAAGCCAGAUCCCCUGGCUCUGUCUUGCCUAACCGAGACCUCCUACGCUGUAUUGUGAGCAGCAUUGUCCACCAGAAAAUCCCUUCUCCUGGCCCAGCCCCAGCGGGACCUUUGGAUGGUGAAGGGAGGCACUCGGCCUGUCCCUGCCCCACCUCAUCCGGGUCCUCCUGUACCCCAGCCAGCACCUCAGCAGCCUCAGGGACUCUGGGCACCGAGGUUCCUGAGGAGCCUCAUCCCCCACAAAAGGAGUCAGCUCCUGAAAUAUUCACAGCCAUCCAUUCAAGAGCUACAGAAAAUGGUGCUCCUGAUCCACCGGAGUUGGAGUCACCCCUGCUUCAGCUCCCAUCUUCCCUGGAGGGCUGGCCCGAGGGCAGCUCCCUGCCUGCCUGCCUGCCUCUCUUCAGAGGCCAGCCUGUCCCUGCCAGUUCCCAGUCAUCAAGCCACAACUUCCAGUGGCUCCGGAACCUACCUGGCUGCCCUAAGAGCAAAAACAACAAUAUGUUUGUGGUCCACAAGCCCUCUGCAGCACCAUCCCGAGAAGGCUCUGAGUCUGGCCCCAGACCUGGUAGCACCUCUACCCCAGUGGAACCCGCCCCCAGCAUGGGCACCAGCCAAGAGGACACACCACCCUUUGCUUCUGCACUCCUGAAGGCACCCAGCGAGGCCCCAGGUGACCCCAGGUUUGGAGGUGGAGAAGAAGACAACUGGGCUUCGAAGAAGAGCAAGAUUGACUGUGAGUCCUUCUCAUGGCAAAGCCCCGGGGAGCCUGCUCUCCAGGAUGUGCAGAACCCAGGUGGGCUCCCAUCAGAUGCCACACCACUCUUCCGGCAGCUGUUCCUGAAGUCACAGGAGUCUCUGGUGAGCCAUGAGCAGAUGCAGGUGUUCCAGAUGAUCACCAAGUCCCAGCGGAUUUUCUCCCAUGCCCAGGUGGCAGCAGCCUCCUCCCAGCACCCAGGGCCUGAGGGCAAGCAGGCUGCCCUGAAGUCACUGCAGGGGCCAUGGCCACAGCAGCCCCCGCUACCAGCACCCACUGUGGACUCUCUCCAGGUGGGCCUUGGAAACCUGGAGCCAGAAGGAUCCCCAGCCCGCAGGCGAAAAACCAUGCCCUCAGUACCCAGAGAGGCCUCCCCUGGCAGCACAAGACGAGACACAAAGGGAGGACCAAAAAUGGUCUCAGCUCCACCAUCCCUCACAGCACAGUCUGUGGAUCCUUCCCGGAAUCCAGACAUCUCUUCCAAGCAAUUACGAUCUUCCAAAGGGACCUUGGACCUGGGGGACAUCUUUCCCACCACGGGCCCUCGGCAGACCCCUUUAGGUGGGGAGGAGCUGUCUGGAGUCCAGCUGUCUGGGAAGAAGGCCCCUGCUGAGAAUGGUGUGGCUUCAGGGACUGUGAGAGGUGAGAAGGGCCCAGCCUGCUCCCGGGGCGGAGGCUACAGGCUCUUCUCAGGCAACCCCAGGGCCCAGCGCUUCUCAGGCUUCCGAAAGGAGAAGGUGAAGAUGGAUGUGUGCUGUGCAGCUUCCCCAAGCCAGGUGGCCAUGGCCUCCUUCUCAUCAACUGGGCCUCCUGUGGAUCCCACCAGGGAUGCAAAGUCCAAGCUGACAAUAUUCAACAGAAUCCAGGGUGGAAACAUCUAUAGGCUCCCCCAGCCCAUGAAGGAAGAGAGCACAGCAGGUGGAUGUAACCAGCAAAAUGGAGGUCCCACAGACUGGACAGAGCCAAGGAGUACUUACAUCUGCAAGAACUGCAGCCAGAAGUUUUAUACCGAGAAAGGGCUGAGCAGCCACAUGUGUUUCCACAGUGAUCAGUGGCCUUCACCUCCGGGGAAGCAGGAGCAGCAGGUGUUUGGCACAGAGUUUUGCAAGCCUCCAAGACAGGCGCUGAGGCCAGACAGGAUCGGGCAGAGUUCCCCAGGAGCCAAGAAGCCCUUGGACCACAUGGCCACAGCCCCUUUGGUGAUCCCCGUGUCGGUCCCUGUGGCUCCAGCACCCUGCCCCCUGGGGAGCAUGGCCAAGGGACAAGAGAAAGAUGGGGAAGAGAGAGACAGUAAGGAGAGAAGCCAACAUAGAAAGCGGAAGAAGCGCCCCCAGCCCAAGGCAUUGUUCAUCCCUCCUCCACCCUCUGCGUUUGGGGAGCUGGGCCCUGGGGGAUGCCACCAGAGCUGUCUGCGGUCUCCUGUGUUCCUGGUGGACCACCUCCUGAAGGGCUUAUUCCAGUGCUCCCCCUAUACACCGCCUCCAAUGCUCAGCCCCAUCCGGGAGGGCUCCGGACUUUACUUCAGCACUCUCUGUUCCACGUCACAGGCUGGUCCCCACCAGCUCAUCAGCUCUGUGCUUGAUCAAGUGGAUGGCUCUUUUGGCAUCUGUGUGGUGAAGGAUGAUACUAAGAUCAGCAUUGAACCACACAUCAACAUAGGAAGCCGGUUUCAGGCUGAGAUCCCGGAGCUGCAGGAGAGGUUGCUGGCUGGAGUUGAUGAGCAUGUAGCCUCUCUAGUCUGGAAGCCAUGGGGAGAUGUGAUGACAAAUCCAGAGACACAGGACAGAGUGACUGAGCUCUGCAAUGUGGCCUGCUCCAGCGUGAUGCCAGGAGGGGGCACCAACCUGGAGCUUGCUCUGCACUGCCUGCAUGAAGCCCAGGGCAGCGUUCAGAUUGCCCUGGAGACUCUCCUACUCAGAGGACCACAGAAGCCGCGGACUCACCCACUGGCCGACUAUCGCUACACAGGUUCAGACAUCUGGACCCCCAUGGAGAAGAGGCUCUUUAAGAAGGCAUUCUGUGCCCACAAGAAGGACUUUAACCUGAUACAUAAGAUGGUCCAGACAAAGACUGUAGCACAGUGUGUUGAAUAUUAUUACAUAUGGAAAAAAAUGAUCAAGUUUGACUGCGGCCGAGCCUCAGGGCUAGAAAAGAGGGUCAAGAGAGAGCUGGAAGAGGUAGAAAGGACAGAAGAAAAGGUCACUUGCAGCCCUCGGGAGAGACCCAGCCACCGACCAACUCCUGAGUUAAAGAUAAAGACCAAGAGCUACAGGAGGGAGUCCAUCCUCAAUUCCAGCCCAAGUGCAGGCCCCAAACGGACCCCCGAGCCACCAGGGAGCGUGGAGAAUCAGGGCGUUUUUCCAUGCAGAGAGUGUGAGAGGGUGUUCGACAAGAUCAAGAGUCGGAAUGCCCACAUGAAGCGGCACCGCCUUCAGGAGCAUGUGGAGCCUGUUGUCAGAGUGAAGUGGCCUGUGAAGCCAUUCCCACUAAAGGAGGAAGAAGAGGAAGAGGAGGAGGAGCUGGGGACAGACAUUGGCCCCCUGCAGUGGUGACUUCCUGCUGGCAGCUAGUCUGCAUGGGGUCUUCAGCCCUGUUCACCUUCCUGGCCUCUCUGGGGUGUUUGGGGCAUCCCUCUGCCUCCUCCCACCCUUGCUGCCUCCCAUUGGCCAGCUUCGCUAGCAAACUUGGUGGGCAUCUGACCAUAAACAGGCAGAGAAGCCACGAUUGGACAGCUCUGAAGUCUCGUCGACGGGACAGGGGCUCUGUUCUCUUUAGGUUGAUCAUCUCCCCUUCUUUCAGUCCCAGGUUGCCUAGAGAGCAGGGAGGCUUAUAGGCACAAAAGGUCAGAUCUGGAUAGCUCUUAAAUCUUAGCCUCAGUGUUGGGGUUUGUUAUAUGCUUAGAUAAGGCCAAGGUGGGGAAACACCUUAAGAUCUCCAACGUUUUGGGUCCCCCUCCGGAGCAGGUCCUUUCUGCAUUCCAGAGUCCCUUGUCUCGUGAUGACUUGUACAUUGUUUAGUGUGUUUUUGUACGUGUCUACUUGUAAAUCUUAUUAAAUUAGGUUCUUGAGCAGCUGUCUUCUGACU